AUGGAAAGCAUUGCAGCAACCGAGUCGCAGUGGCUGUCACAGCUGGCGGCUAUGCGCCAGGCCAUCGCCGAUCUCAAGCUCCCGCAAGACAUCAACCAAGAACCGAUCGGCUACGGAAGUGACCUUGAUUUGGAUAUUGACGAUGACUAUUCCUCUCCUGGAACAGUUGACGAUGUCUGGGAUAUUAUAAGCUCGGACGAUGAGACCUCAGACGACUUAGAUGAGUUUUACGGACUCAAUCAAGCUCAACCCACCCCCGAAUCAUCCUACAACCGGUCAUGGCUGGAAGGCAAGUGCCAGGAUAUUGCCAUUCGCAACUCGAGCAUGAACCCCAUGGAACUUGCCCAGCAACUCAUCGCCACCCUCGCAGCCGACAACAAUGACGAGGAGCUUCAGAUGUCUUUGGCCGAGAUUGUUGGGUUCGAUGACCUGGACUUGGUCAUCGACCUGAUCGCACACCGAGAGGAGGUUCUUUCUGAUAAGGGUCAGCGUUUGGAACAUCAAACAGAUGGGCUUAUGGGCGGCAAACUCCUGACACGGGCGGAGAGAGAACGUGCACUCCAGGAGCGCGACUUCGAACAUAAGAAUGCCAUAUUGAUGCCGGCACAAACCCGAUCAGAACCUUCCUACCCACAUAACCCAAAUACACUGAAUUCGAGAUCCCAGCCGCGAAGGUUGGAACCUUAG